AUGGGUUCUACUAUUAAACAAUAUUAUGCAGCUUUUGUAGCCAACAUCGCCACAAUCUGCUACGGCACCACAAUAGGCUGGUCAAGUCCAGCCCUGUCAGCCCUUUCGACAUCGAACCCUUCACCAGGCAAAGACAUCAUUUUUCAAUUAACAGACGAAGAGGCCUCCUGGAUAGGCGGCCUGAUUUGCAUAGGAGCCCUUUUUGGAGGCCCUUUGUACGCCUGGUUGGCAGGAGUCAGGGGCAGAAAAUUUGCUGGAUAUAUGAUCGUCGUACCAUACAUAAUCAGUUGGCUUUGCAUCCUGUUUGCAGAAUCUGUUCUAUGGAUGUUUGCAGGACGUGCCUUUUCAGGAAUAGCCGGAGGCGGUGUUAUAGUUCUAAUUCCGAUGUACGUUUCGGAAAUCGCUGAUGACAAUAUUCGGGGUGCCCUAGGAUCUCUACUAGUCCUCUGUAUCAAUUCAGGAAUUCUGGUAGGGUAUCUCCUGGGUGCUUGUGUGAGUUACUUCUGGUUGAAUCUGAUUUUGACAACUCUUCCCUUCUUGUUCCUGGUUUUGUUCUUUACUGUGCCGGAGUCUCCGAUCUGGUUGGCCAGAUCUGGACGCCUGGACGAUGCCAGCAGGGCUUUGUGCUGGUUGAAGGGAUUGCAACCGAGUAAAAGUGAAGAUGAGCAAACUAUUAGUUGUGAAUUGGAUAAACUCAAACCGAAAGAUGAUGCCCAGGAAGAAGGUGCUUCGUUUAUGGAAUUAUUGUCUUCCAAAUGUUGCCGCCGCGGUCUCUUCAUCGGCAUCAGCCUGAUGUUUUUCCAGCAGGCUUGCGGCCUAUUCGCAGUCUUAACCUAUGCCUCAUCUAUCAUGCAACAGGCUGGUGUAUCAGGUUGGACACCUGAUCAGGCUGCUGUGAUUUUGGGAGCCAUCCAGGUCGUCGGGGGACUGGUGUCUUCUGUUUUCGUGGAACGCGCUGGACGAAAGAUUCUUCUUGCGAUGUCCAGCGCCUUCCUAGGACUCUGUCUUGCUGCUUUAGGUACCCAUGCAGGUUUAAGAGAGAACGGUUAUGACGUCACGGGUUGGUCCUGGGUUCCUGUGACGUCACUGUGUGGUGCUGUUCUUUUUGGGGCCUUGGGAACCGGUCCUUUGCCUUUCGUGGUUGCCAGCGAGAUAUUCGAUAACAGGGCGAAAGGAAAGGCUAUGACGAUUUGCAAUUUGAGUUUGUGGAUUUUUGCAUUCAUCGUUUUGAAGUUUUACAGUUCUAUGGUUUCACUGAUGACAAUGCCCGGAACAUUCAUGCUCUUUGCAGCCUUUAUGGCCCUAUCAACGAUUUUCGCAGUUUUUUGCGUUCCCGAAACCAAGGGCCAACCCCUGGACGUGAUUUUGGCCAAACUUGGGGCCAAAGCCCAGAAUUCUGUGGUACUUCAAGAAAAACCGGGCGUAGAAUUGGACGUGAAAAAUGUAUGA